UGAGAAAGCUAAACAGAGAACUCAAAGCCCUCGAGCAUCGAAACAAAUUGAUCAUAAGUUCAUAACCAUGAAAAGCCCUCAAUCCCUCCUCCUACUCCUGCCUCUCAUCUCCCUUCUCUUCCUCCAACCAACCUCAGCCGACAGCGCUCCAUCGCCCUCCGCCUCCACCGCCGACCCUGCAGAUUUCAUCCUCACAAGCUGUGCCACCACCGUAUACCCCGACCUCUGCUACUCCUCCCUCUCACCUUUCACCUACCCUGUCCGGUCAAACCAUACUCGGCUUGCAAUGGCAGCCAUCGCCGUGAGUCUGAAAAAUGCCAAGCGCACGGCGACUACCCUUGCAAGCCUCUCCAAACAAGCCAGCCCUGAAGUCGCCGGACCCCUUGACGACUGCUCCAGCAACUUCGCGGACGCCAUUGACGAGAUUACGGACUCACUCGAUCAGAUGAAGACGUUGAGGUCGGGUACCGGGUCAGUUAGGUUUCAUCUGAGCAACGUGCAGACGUGGAUGAGUGCCGCGCUUACGAACGCGGAGACGUGUACGGAUGGAUUUGAGGGCGUGCAGGACGGCCCGAUCAAGACGCGGGUGGUGAACUGUGCUGAGAUGGUGAAGAAGAUGGCGAGCAAUGCGCUCGCUAUCGUUAACGGUCUUGCUAAUGCUAUUAGUAAUGGCACACCGCCCUGA